AAUAGGAUAGAAGGCUUAAAUAGUAAUUUAGAAAUAACCGUUAAGGAAACUAAUAGGUUUCAUCGGGAUGUGGGAUUGGACAGUAGCAGAAGAUAGGAAGUGAUGGAAAGAAGAAGGCAAGUGCAAUUCACUUUUGAGGCGAUUUAUACGGAGAAUCAAUGGUCUUUCUGCUUUACCGGCCUUUCAGUAUCCAUCUCUCUAUAGCAGCUAAUUAACCAGGUAAGGAAUACAAACAAAUAUGGCUAGACAAGAUAAUCAUACCCUUUUCCUUGAAGAAUGGCUGAGGAGCUAUAGUGGAACUGUUACUACUACUAGUACCAGCAUCACCACAAGCCAAUCUUCAACCUUAUCUGCCCGGGCCAUUAUUCAAGCAUGGGCUGAACUCAGAGAUUCCCUUCAACAUCAAUCAUUCCAGUCCAAUCAUCUUCAGGCUGUGAAAAUCCUUCUUCACUCUCAAGCUUCCCUUCAUGUUGCUGAUCCCCAAGCAAAGCUUCUUCUUUCCAUUUUAUCCUCUCAAAGCCUCUUCCUUCCUCUCGAAUCAUAUCCUUUGUUGCUUCGGCUUCUUUACAUCUGGGUUAGAAAAUCCUUCAGGCCCUCUUCAGUGCUUGUUGAUUCAGCGGUGCAUGUCCUCUCUAAACUUUUAGAUAAUGACUUUGUUGCCAAGAAAAGUCCUGAGCUAUUUGCUCAAGGGGUUCUCCUUCUAGGUGCUUUUGCUUUUGUUCCCUCUGCAUCAGAAGCCUCCAAGUCUGUUUGUUUGCAGUUGCUCUCCAGGUUGUUGAAUGAAGAAUACAGAUUGGUUGGCUCUGUUCAUGGACUUAUUCCAGAUAUUCUUGCAGGUAUUGGAUAUGCUUUAUGUUCUUCUGUGAAUACUUGUUUUGUUAGAAUAUUGGACGCAUUGUUGGGAAUUUGGGGGAAGGAGGAUGGACCUCAAGGUAGCGUUUCCCAUGGACUCAUGAUUCUGCAUUUGGUUGAUUGGUUUAUGUUUGGGUUCAUUAAAUCAAACUCUAAGGAGAAAUUGCAAAAGUUCUCUCAAGAGACUCUAGAGAGUACGAAGCCAGACUAUGUUCCUUUUGCUCUCGUCAUGGCUGCAGCUGGCACUCUUAGAGCUUUGAAUAGAUCGAUAUCUGGUGGCCAAGACCUGCAUAUUGUUUCAAGAUUAAGGAUUUCUUCAGAGAAUCGGAUAGAAUCUGUGGCACAGGAUUUGAUUACUGAUACAAGAGGUUUUUCUGGAGCAGAAAAUGAUUCCAAAACUAGUCUUUUGCUACAAUGCAUUUCAUUAGCUUUGGCUCGAUGUGGGUCUGUGUCUUCCCGAGUUCCUCUGCUUUUAUCGAUUUUGUCAGCAUUAUUAAUGGAAAUAUUUCCCUUGCGGCGUUUAUAUACAAGGAUCCUUGCAAUACCACAUGGCAGUUUUGCUAAAAUAAGGCCUGGUGAGGUUAAAGAACAUCUGAAUAGUGUUUCUUUUAAGGAAGCAGGGGCCAUAUGUGGUGUUUUCUGCAACCAGUAUAUCUCAAUAGAUGAAGAAAACAAGGUGAUGGUGGAAAAUAUGAUAUGGAAUUUCUGCCAAGAUCUCUACUUGGGACAUCGUCAAGUUGCCUUUGUUCUUCGCGGCAAAGAGGAUGAAUUGCUUGCAGAUAUUGAGAAAAUUGCUGAGUCUUCUUUCCUUAUGGUCGUGGUUUUUGCAUUGGCUGUUACUAGGCACAAACUAAAUUCAAAAUACUCACCUGAAGCUCAGAUGGAGACUUCUGUUUCAAUACUAGUUUCAUUCUCUUGUGUAGAGUAUUUCCGCAGGAUGCGCUUGUCUGAGUACAUGGAUGUAAUAAGAGGUGUGGUUGUUAUUGUACAGGAAAAUGGGACUGCAUGUGGCUCUUUCGUUGAAUCUAUGCCCUCUUAUGCUGAUUCUACAAAUCCUCAAGAAAUCAUGCACAAAGUGGAAUAUAGAUGGUUCAAGGAUGAAGUGCAUACUGCCCGCAUUUUAUUUUACCUGCGGGUUAUACCAACAUGUGUUGAACGCUUGCCUGGCCCUGUAUUUAGCAGGGUAGUAGCUCCCACUAUGUUCUUAUAUAUGGGGCAUCCAAAUGGAAAAGUAGCUCGAGCCUCCCAUUCCAUAUUUGUGGCAUUCAUAUCUUCAGGGAAGGAUUCUACUGAAAAUGAAAGAGCGUUACUCAAGGAGCAACUAGCUUUCUAUUACCUGCAAAGAUCCUUACAGGGAUACCCUGGUAUUACCCCCUUUGAGGGUAUGGCUUCUGGAGUUGCAGCCUUGGUUCGGAGUCUUCCUGCUGGGAGUCCAGCCUUAUUUUAUUGUAUCCAUAGUCUUGUUGAAAAAGCAAAUAUACUCUGCGGUGAUAUUUCCUUUCGGGAUACAGAUAUAUGGAAAAACUGGCAGGGAGAGUCAGAGCCUUUUAAGAAAAUCUUAGAACUGUUGUUACGGCUUAUAUCGUUAGUUGAUAUACAAGUACUACCAGACUUAAUGAAGUUGUUGGCGCAACUUAUUAUCCAGUUACCAAAAGAUGGCCAAAAUGUGGUUCUCAAUGAGUUGUAUACUCAGGUUGCUGAAUCUGAUGAUGUUACACGCAAACCGACAUUAGUUUCAUGGCUGCAGUCAUUGUCUUAUCUUUGUUAUAAAACAGUGAGUAGAAGUAGAGCCUCCAAGGGCCAUGAGAGUGAAGAAACUUCUACUUUGUCUCUUCCAGAUCCAUCAAAUUGGGACAGGAUGAAUGCACGGCUCUAAAUUCUUAAGACCCAUAACUAGAUUCGAAGUUGCAAUUCUGACAUUUGAUACCAGAGCCAAUAGUUAUGGUGGGUACAAGCUUUUCAGCAGCAAUUUCAGAUGUUCAUAAGCUAUGUACCUGGAAGACAGAGCAAGUGAUAGAUCAGACUAAACAACAUGAACUGUUAACAAAGCUUAAGGUUCUUGCUUUUGAAGUUGCAGCCUCUGGAUUGGAAGGACAAAACAUGCAUCUCAUGGAAAUAAGAGGUAUAAAUUUUUUAUUGGUGUAUUGCAAUAAACUGUGGAAGGAGAGUUAUAGCAACGAUGUGAUAUAUCAAAUGCAAUGGGUUUAAGCAAGACUUUUAGCCAUUUUUGGAGACAACACAAGUGUGCAGGGGACUCUAUUACUCUUCAACGAAGUCUGACAGGAAGAGUGAAAAAAAGCUGUUAUUGUGACAUGAAUGUAAAAAAGCUGUUUUGCUUGGAAGCAAUCUGAGAAUGAAGCAAAGCAGAGGAAUUUUAAUUAAAUGAAUGGUGUUUAAAGGACAAAAGAACUCCUCAAGGAGCUUGAGUGCUUGUUUGAGGAGGGGAGAAAGAGGAGAAAGGUCACGAGCGCAAUAGACCCAUUGCUAGAUCCAAACUUGUAACUGAAACACUUCCAUUCUUCUCAUCAUAAGAUCUAACAGAGAAGGAACAGAAACAAAAUGCUUUUGACACUUUUUGGGGAAAUUAUGAUUACGUCCCUACUCUAUAGAAAAUGUUUUAUGAAGUUCUUAUACUAACUUUUUGUCUUUC